AAACAUAUAAUACCGAAAAAGAAAGGUCCCAAAUCCAAAAUAAAGACUGUCAAAUAGAAAACCCUAUUUUCGUAUUCUAAUUUCCUCCCCGUCCCAUAUAUUAAACCCAAAGGAACUUACACCCCCAACUCCAAACGCUUUGAUCUGCUACUUCCCUGUCUUAAUCUCCCCAACAUCUCUCAUUGCACUACUGUGGCUGCUAGGCUCUUUCUUCGUCCCAAACCAUUUUAUAUAUCUGCAAGAGUAUUUGGUUUUGAAAAAAAGUCUUUCAGGAAAGUAAUUGAGGUGGAUCGGAGGCAUGGAAAACGGCCGCUUCCAUCGGAAACAUCGGAGGAGAAAAGCAAAGGACGCGAUGACUUUGCGACUGCAACUUCUUGGACUGAUUCCGCGGAUAUGACGGCCAUGGUUACGUCUCUUACUCAAGUGAUGGGAAGCGAUGAGCAGCUUAGUUUCCCACAAUCACCGGCUCCCUCACCACAAGCUGCGAUGAAACAAGACCCUGACCCCCAUCAACCAGCCGCAGCUCAAGAUCAAGAAAACGCAAGGAGAAGACAUUACAGAGGAGUAAGGCAAAGGCCAUGGGGCAAAUGGGCAGCUGAAAUUCGUGACCCAAAGAAAGCAGCCCGAGUGUGGCUUGGCACUUUUGACACGGCUGAGGAUGCAGCCCUUGCAUAUGAUAGAGCUGCUCUGAAGUUCAAAGGCACCAAGGCAAAACUAAAUUUUCCUGAACGAGUUCAAGGGAAUACGGAGGUAAGCUAUUUAACGGGUCCUGGAAAUUCAAGCACCGCGCGUUCUGAACAAAAUCCUACGCCUGUAGUUCCACCUUCAUCAUGGUCUGUGGAUUCAUAUCCCCACUUGUUUCAAUAUGCACAACUACUUUCAAGUAGUAAUGAUGCUGAUAUUUCCUAUUACACUUCAAAUCUCUUCAAUCAAAAACCUUUAUCAUCUCCACAAUUUCCUUCAAUGUCAGUUUCAUCCACUAUCUCAUCACAGCAAUACCAUCAAGACCUAACAAGAUUUCCAACCAAGUAUGAGAGCUCCUCUGCUCUUGAUUAUCCGGAGCAACAUGGGAAGGACUUUGAUCCAAGUAACAGAAGCGAGUAGAAGAUAUUGUAGCUUCUCAAGUUCUAUGUAUCAAGUGGACAUAGGAAAUCUACCAUAUGUUACCAUUUGGUUAGCCAUGAAAUAGGAUAAUGCAGCAAGCACUCCCAAUUCUUACAUCCAGGUCCCUCGCUCCCACCUUUCAUGCUCUUACUUUCCCAUCACAGGAUUCCAAUUGGUGGCACUCUUUGCAAAAGAAUUAUGUACAUUACUGUGAUACAAAAGUAAGAAUAGUAAGUGGGAAGAUGUACAUUACUGUGAUACAAAAGUAAGAAUAGUAAGUGGGAAGUGAAUACAUCAUUUUCCUAUGAGCACCUUAAUUUUCAAUUAGUUCAAUGAUUUGUUUGCUUCUAUUGUUGUUUUUUUUUUGUAAGCUGGCCUGAGGCCCUAUUGAGUUUGGUCAGAAGAAGCAACAAGGUUGAAGACAUUUAAAGGUCAGCUUCCAAGUAAAGAGAUCAUGAGUACCUUGCUCUUUAAAUGUGUCAUUUUCAAUUAUUUCUAAAAUCACUUCUAUAUAUUCUGAUUCCUAUGGCAAAUUGUAAUGAUGGAUAUGUUAGUGGGUAAUGUAAUGCAGCGGAAUAAAAGGACAGCUGAUGUGAUAUUUUGUAUCAUGCGAUCGAAUUUAUCUACAUUUAAUACGCCUAGUCUUUUACUCUUUUAUUAAUCCAAUUUUCAAAAGAUAAAGUAGCUAUUUAGCUAUGUAUCAUGUUCUCUUGUUUUCUGAUCAUUCUAUA